AUGGAGCUUUGCUCUAGCAAGACAUUACGGCAAGUAAUUGAUACUGAGCACCUUUAUACUAAUACAGACCGUGCAUGGAGUUUAUUUCGUGAGCUUACAGAUGGCUUAGCUUACAUUCAUGCCAAAGGUGUAAUACAUCGAGACUUGAAGCCGGCCAACAUUAUGAUUGAUGAGGAGGAUCACGUGAAAAUAGUUGAUUUUGGGCUAGCAACCCACGUCAAUCAUACUGAACGCCAGUUGCAAAACCAACAAAAACGAUUACAGCAGGUAAAGUUCCGUAUGUGGUUCGAGAACAUCAUUCAAUUUUAG